AUGCCACUUGUCAUCCACUUGUCAUCUCAAUCUCACACUCUGCUUACUACACCCAAACCCCCUGAAGACUGCUCUACGUAUCUUCAAUUAUUGCAGACAUUUAUUCUCAAGAACGCGCUUUCACAAGGAAAAGAGGUUCACUCUUUCAUCGUUCACAGGGGAUUCGCCUUUGCUACACGCAAACCUUUUCAUAAUAAGCUUAUUUUCAUGUAUGUCAAGUGUGGAAGUUUGGUGGAUGCCAGAAAAGUCUUUGACCAGAUGAAAGAGCGAGACAUCAUCUCAUGGAAUACGAUUAUUACAGCAUACAGAAGACAUGGUUAUCCUCAAGAGGCAGUCACGCUGUUUCACCAUAUGCAGCAAACAGGUCUUCAACCCGAUCAGUUUACGUUGCCAACGUACUGCCAGCCUGUUAAGGCAGAUAAUGUUGAUAAUAGAAAGAUUUUAGAGAAACCGGCACAAACAAUUGACUCUCAGGAAAGUGAGAUACCAACACAAACAGAACAACUGGCAGAGCUUGAAAAACCUAUAGAAGACAAAGGUACUAACACAGGGCCAUUGAAGACCAAGAAACUGGCAGUAGAACUUUCAAAGAAACAAACAGAUGCAGAGGUUCAUGUUGAGACUAAAAAACUAGCAGUUAUAGAGACACUAAAACAAUUUGAGAGACCAUUAAAGGUUGAGGUGCAAACACAGAAAGAUCCACCAGAGGAAAAUAAAAGCAAAAUGGAUACAUCUGAUGGAAACAAAGAGGAUAUAGUCAAGGUGAUUGGUUAG